GCCACUGGAUAAGAUUCAACUAGUUGUCGACAACAAAACAGGUUAUUCGGGCAGAAUGCCCCUUCUUGUUUGUAACUACUCCCAUUUUUCGUAUGGGUUUAUUAUUCCAACAAAUUCUUCUCCAUGUCCCAGAUUAGCUUCUGGCAGAUGUGUGCAAGUCCAGACACAACUAAAGUUAGUAAGUAACUAAGUUAGAUUGUUUCAUUGUUUCAUCAAGCAAAAUAAAGACACACCUUCCUUACUAUAAGUUUAAAGGUUGCAGAACGAGUUUUAGUUUACUUUUCUAUUUCAAUAAUCAAAUGUGAAUCAUUACCUUCAUUAAAGAUAGUAGUUCAAGUAGGUAGAUUCAACACAGAUAUACUGUCUGUUCUAAAGUCAAAUAAUAAAGUACCUCCCCCCCCAAAAAAAAAACAUGCACCCCUUUCUAUACAUUUUUUUAAUUGCACAGACAAAUUUUAAAAACAAAACAAACGGAAUUCAAACCCCAAACUGUUAGAUUCCAAAGGAGAUAUAAGUGAAGAGCAAAAUCCGGUUUGGAAAUCCAGAAUUACUAAAUCGAUUACCUUAAUGGAGUCACUAGCCUCUGAUCUGUGGCCAAAUUUAUAGUAAGCUAAUGCACUGAUUCAUUUUAGGAGUUAAAAAAUUCGACAGCCUGAACCUGUCAGAAAUCUCUAAGUCCAUGUCACCAGUCUGGAAUUAUGCGACACGCAGCGACAAGAUCGCUUAUCCCUCUGUAAUAAGACACCCACACUUUCAUUUUCCCUAGCUUAGAGUCACACCGACCACAAUCGGAAUGCUAUCUGUGAAUGGGGGAGCGGAGGACGUGGGGCUUAAACUCCGAGCUUCACAAAGUGGACACGAUGCGAGAGCCCCUUGCUAUGUAUUGUCCGAGAAGCCAUACGCGGUGAUGGGCAGCGAUGGAGUCCGGCAGAGAAGUCCAGGCAUGAGGAGAGAGAAGAGAGACGGGCAGAACGGAUCCUGUCUAUAAAGGGGGAGAUCGCGGUUCUGGUGCGGUCGCUCCCCCUCCACCACCCCCUAGAGGUGGAACCCCCCUCGGCGAUAUCCCAUGCAAGCUUUCGGCGCGGACGACAAACUUCUGCGCGAUGUUGCUGUGCAUCUCUGGAGUGCAUUUGCUGAAGCUAUCUGUGUGAUUCCACUCUGGGGGCGACGGGAGAAUAGGAUCCCGAUCUCCGUCCUCGUAAGGCAUCCCCUGGGAAAGUUUGGUGCCGGUCUUGGCUCUUCCAGUCUUCCCUCACCCCAGCGGCUGGCAAUAUGAACAGCUCCGGCCCAGUUCAGUGCAGCAACAUAAACUUCACCGUGGACCAGACCUUUCUGCCCGUGCUCUAUGGCUGUGUCUUCUGUGUCGGGCUGCCUGUGAACAUCUUGGCCCUUUACGGGCUGUACCGCCUGGUCAAGGCCAACUACACCCUCUCCGUCUUCAUCAUCAACCUCCUUUUGUCAGACUUGCUGCAUAUCAGCACCCUGCCCUUCUGGAUCGACUAUUACAGGAGAGGCCACAAGUGGAUGUUUGGGUACAGUGCCUGCAGGAUCAUUGGCUACAUGUUCGGGACCAGCCUCUACGCCAGUGUCUGCUUCAUGUGCUGCAUCGCCCUGGAGAGGUACCUGGCCAUUGUGUACCCGCUGUGGUUCCGGUCCCACCGUAGGAUGAAGUUCGCCUGCUUGCUGUGCCUGUCCGUCUGGGUGCUUGUCAUCGCAAUCCAGUCUGUGGGCUACAGCUUCGGGUUUGAGCGGACCAGGCCGGCUUCCGAUCUCUGCCUGGAGAGCUACCCCAAAUCGCGGGAGUUUGCGGUCUUCCAGCUGGUCGUCAUGCCCUUCACCUUCGUUCUCCCCGUCCUGCUCUUCGGGAUCCUCUUCGCCCGGAUUCACAGGAGCCUCCACAAGGAAUCUUUCAUGCCGGACAGGAAGAAGAAGAGGAUCACGCACCUGCUGCUCCUGGUGCUGCUGAUCUACGUCGUCAUUUACGGGCCCUACCACGUGACCGCUUUCGCCCUCUGCAUUGGGGCGCUGGUGACCUCGGACAGGUGCCGCUUUGAGUCGGACCUUUUUGUCUUCUUCCGAGUGACUGUGGGAAUCCUCAGCCUCAAUCCUGUCCUCGAUCCCAUCCUCUAUGCCUUCAUUGGGAAUGAUUUCAGGGAGGCACUGGAGUACUUGCUCUGUUGGAAAAAGCCAAGAACAGCAUCAAUCGGCAGGGGGUCUUUCCAUAGAGUCUCGUACUCCAUCAGAGAGACUUGAAGUUUUUGGCUUAAGGACGGAGGUACUAAGGAAUCCCAUCUGUGGCAGAUUUUCAUUAUAUUUGAAAAGGACUGAGCUAUCUUAGUAAACAUUUGUCUUUUGCAGAAGAGAGCAAUCUACUUGUCUUAGUCCAACUGUAGGCCUUACAAUCAAACUGUACACCUUGAAAAGCAACUGUAGGCCUUACAAAUUCAACUGUAGACCUUACAAUCCAACUGUACACCUUGCAAUCCAACUGUACAACCUUAGGCCUAUCAGUCCAACCUUAGAUCUAACAGUCCAACUGUAGGCCUAACAAUUCAACUGUACACCUUGCAGUCCAACUGUACACCUUACAACCCAACAGUGAACCUUACAAUCCAACUGUAGACUCAACCUUAGGUCUAUCAGUCUGACUGUAGACCUUACAGUCCAACUGUAGACCUAACUAUCUGUCAGUCUUCCAAUCAAAUUAUAAGACCAUCUUGAACAUUAAAAUGCAUAAAUAUAUAAAAUUCCUUUUGUAUUUUUUGUAUCUACAUAAAGUUAAGUAAAUCUAUUUCUCUCUUCACAUGUUUUGAGUCUUUUAGCUCUUUUACUGAACUGCAGUCAGUCUUCUCCAAGUGGCUCCUCCUGAUGAAAUGAAUGAAUUUGACCCCUUAAGCAACAUUUUUUUAUCUGUUUCCGAUU